AUGGCAAGCAGCCGCCAUGACACCUACGGUCGCUUCACUUCGCUGCAUCGAACCAAUUCCUCUUCGCAAAAUCCCUAUGAAGAGAAUGAACGGGAGUCGCUCUCCGAGCCGUUCAGUCCUACGGGUUUGCUCGGGGAGCAAUACGAUUUGCUUAAACAGCAGAUGGAGGCGAGAUCACGGAUAAACAAUCCCAACGACAGCCCAUUCACAAGAGGUCUUUUGGGAUCUCUCGCUGAUUUCGAAAGCAGAGGGUACCGCCCUUCAUACGAUAGGGCGAGAGCUCCAGGCGGAUUGUAUGGAUCAGAAUCAACAGCAAGCUCCUCGAACCGUUGCGGUCCAAGACGAACGCCGAGUGUCUCAUCCGUUAGAACCGACUCGAUCUAUUGCGCUCAGUCUGGUGUUACACCACCUCCUCUGCUGGAUAUAUCACCGACACUUCCGCAGCGGCGAAUAUCACAGCGGGAUCGGAACUCUCAAAGUGUCAGAUCACCAAGUAGUCGACCACUGCUGACUUUGCCCGAGACCUCAAACACACAGUGGAGCAGCUCUUAUCCGCCGUCGCUAGAUCGAAGCCAUUCAGUUGCUGUUCGGUCUUCGAGUGGUUCUUGGGGUCCUUCGGCGAGCGGAUCUGGUUCACAUGCAACGCUUGUGUCCUCGAUGCCAAGUCGCCGUGUUUCCACAGCUACUGCUCCAGCUCGGACUGAAACAUGGUAUCAAGGCGAUCAGGCUGAACCGAAGCGUCGUGGUACAUUACGGAGGUGCUGA